AUGUCUUUCGCUAGACAAUCAUUUGCAUCGGCACGGCAGGCGCUGCGCUACCAGCAGCCCCGCCGGUUUGCCUCGCACGCAGCUCAUGCCGAGCCCGUCAAUGAGAGCUUCGGCCGCAGUUUCUAUGUGACCUUUGGUACCUUUGCCGCUGCCUACGCUCUCUAUCGUGUGAGCCAGUCCACUGAGCAGUCCGGGUCACAGUCGUGGAUCUCCAGCCUCAUCGAGAAGUGGACUCCCUCGGAGAGAGUGUUUGAAGAGAGAAACGCUGUUCAUACUGUGCUCAUGGAGAAGGCCGCUCACGACCGCCACCUGUUCCUGUCCCAGGGCCCCAGAGCCACUUUUGAGCUGAAGCAGCCUGAGGUCAGCUUCAACACCUCCCCUCCUUACAAUGUCCCUGCCGGUUCUUCCGUGGACAUGAGCGCUGUCGUUGCGCACUACGAGCGGGAACACCAGCAGAUGGAAGAGGCUCGUGUCGCACGGAUGAAGGACGGCAAGGUUGUGUCUCUAUAUGACUAG